AUGUCAGCGACAGUAGUUAGAGCAGCUACUUCUUUAGCUAAAAGACCUCGCUUACAAAGGGCAGCAAUGACUUUGACUCCAGCGGCAGUAAGUAAGCUCCGUGAAAUUGUUGAAGGGCCUGAACCGAAAUUGAUUCGUGUAGCUGUAAAAAACAAAGGCUGUGCUGGAUUAUCAUAUGUCUUGGAAUAUGCUAAAGAAAAGGGGAAGUUUGACGAAGUGAUCAAACAAGACGGUGUUACUGUCCUAAUAGAAUCAAAAUCCCUUUUAAAAAUGCUAGGUUCUGAGAUGGACUAUUUAGAAGAUAAAUUAUCUUCUAAAUUUGUUUUUAAAAAUCCAAACGCUAAAGAGAGUUGUGGGUGUGGAGAAAGUUUUACAAUAUAA